AUGGCCACCAAGAAGCCUAGCAAGCAAAGCAAACUACGCAAGUUCAUUAAGGCUCCCAUUAGGAUAUUGAUCAAGGCCAGGGACAUUUACAUCAAGAGCAUGACUGAAUGCUCCGAUCGCCUUGGCUAUGGUACUGUCAUGGGUUGUCCUACAGGGCAAGUAGUGAAUCACCUGCCAAAGAGUUUUAGUGUCAAUUCAACAAAAUCAAGCAACCAUGAUGAUGACUAUAGACAGCUUUUAAGGGCUGCUUCCACCAGGGGUUUAAGCAAUAGGGUUCAAUUGGAUGUUCUUCAAAGACAGCAAUCUCAAUCUCCAAAAUCUCCAAAUACUUGCAGAGGAGCAAACCAUAUGCCUAGGAGUCAUAGUGUUGGUAUUGGAAGAAUCGACGAAGAAAAGCCUUGUGAUUUUGAUGAAGAUGAUAUCAAGGUCAUAACUGAUGUCUUUCCAAGAAGCAGAAGCUACGCUGUUUCUAAAACAAGGGCUGGAGUCUUCUGA